GUGAACCACAAGUAUAUACAAAUGUUUCCAUAGCCAUUUGCAAUGAUUCAAAGUCAAAAAAACAAAAUCACGAACCCUUGCAGCAACUAAAAUUCCAUUUGGAGCAAGUUCUUAACAUUCGUGACGGUAGUAUUAUGUCCAUAUAG